AUGUCUUCUGUUGGACCUCAACUUCCUCCCGAAUUACAAAAGCGCAAGCGUAGCGCUGACGAGGAUGAGGACGAUGACGAGCAAGGCAGUUCGUCUGAUGCUUCAACAGGUCCUUUACCUCAACGACCUGCCUCAAAGAAAUCAUCCUCGCCUUCCCCCAAGCGUAGCCGAGUCAUAGGCCCAACACUUCCACCGGCGCCUCUGGACGAACGACCCUCGACUCCGCCACCGCUCGACGAGGGCGAAGAAAGCGAGAGUAGCGACGACGACGACGAAUUCGGUCCUAGGCUGCCCUCUGCAAGCGACGCAUCAAAGCCAGUUCACUCCGCCUCAUCACAAGUCCCACCUUCCAACGCUCCACCUGCGCGACUCCAGCGAGACGAAUGGAUGACCAUGGCGCCCGAGAACGGGGAUUGGUCUUCAAGGAUCGACCCUACGAAACUGAAGAAUCGAAAGUUCAAUACCACAAAAGGCGCAAAAGGCCCACCACAGGCUGGAGGCGGAGGAGCUUCGUGGCACGAGACACCCGAGGAGAAACAAGCUCGUCUGAGAAGGGAAGUACUGGGAAUUUCAAACCCUACGGCGUCCUCGGAUAAUAGCAAGACCAAAACCACCACGGGUAGUACGCAUGAUGAGGCAACGGCGAAAAGAGUGAGAGAGUAUAGGGACAAGCAAAGAGGCCCAUCUCUCUACGCCUCCCACAGCUCCUCCAACAAGGCUGUGGAAGAAGACGAUCCCAGUGCUCGUGCUUUUGAUCGCGAGAAGGAUAUUGCUGGUGGCACAGCAAUCAGCGCCACCAAGCGAAGAGAAAUGGUCAAGAAGGCUGCCGACUUAUCUUCGAGGUUCAGCGAGGCGAGGUAUCUAUGA